AUGGCUACCAAUUUAGUCAUCAACGUAAGAAACGCUCUAAAAGAACUACCCGAACCCAUGAUCUACGGUUGGCUGGACAGCACCGUCGCCCUCCACUGGAUUGUAGGAAAUGGUCAGUACCGACAGUUCGUCUCUAACCGCGUGCAAAAAAUAAGACAAUACCCACAGAUCCAGUGGAGACACGUGCCCACUACCGAUAACCCAGCGGACCUGGCGAGUCGAGGAGGCCAGGUAACCAACGCAGAGCUUUGGUGGAAUGGCCCAGCGUGGCUACGUAACCCUGAAAUGUGGCCAGAGAACCUGGUUACCGUGAAAUCCGAAACCUCAGAAGAAGAGGCAAAAGUCAUCCGAGAAGUGCUAAGCCUAGCAAAUGAGAAACCUGAACAAGAACGGAACGUGUUCGACGAACUCCUAGAACGCCAUGAUUUACGCCGAGCUCUUCGCAUCCAAGCUUGGGCGCGACGGUUCACCACUCACAGGGUGCGCAAGGGACCUCUUACUAGCGAAGACAUUCAAGAGACCAAGAACUGGUGGAUAGAAAGAGUCCAGUCUCAAGAUUUACAGAAACCACACUUUGAACAGACCAGGCAGAAACUGAACCUCGUUUCCAAUGCAGAUAGAAUUCUCGAAUGUCAUGGAAGAAUUCAAGGAAAAUACCCAGUGUACCUGCCAGCAGACGCCGUCUUUACGAGGAAGCUUGUACAGAGGAUUCAUGUCGAAACCUUACAUGGAGGUGUGGCCCUUACCAUGGCAGUGAUUCGUGAACAGUACUGGAUCCCAACCCUGAGACAGCUAGUGAAGUCUGUGCGAUCUGCUUGUUGGGGCUGUAAACGUUUCAUAGCUUCACCCUUAACAGUACCACCCCCUGGACCACUGCCUACAGACCGUACAGAUGGUGGAACAACCUUCGAAGUUAUUGGCACGGAUUUUGCUGGUCCUAUCAAGUACAAACAACGCAAGAAGGGCGAGGAGAAAGCUUACUUGGUUAUCUUCACGUGUAGCCUGUCCAGAGCCGUGCACCUAGAAUUAUUGUCUAGUCUAGAGACAAGCAAUUUUAUUACCUGUCUUAAACGCCUCAUCGCUCGCCGCGGCAGACCGCGCGUUAUCUACUCAGACAAUGGAGGCACCUUUAUCAAGGCUGCGAAAUGGCUUCGCCAAUUGCGAGGAGAUGAGCGCCUCCAAAGUCUCCUUGAAGAUUACGACAUAACCUGGAAAUUUAACUUAAGCCGGGCUCCUUGGUGGGGAGGACAAUUCGAGCGGUUGAUUGGAGUCGUAAAGUCCGCCAUGUACAAAGUCAUUGGGGGAGGUGUACUUACCUGGACUGAGCUGAGCGAGGUACUGCUCGACGUGGAAACACAAAUCAAUCGACGUCCAUUAAGUUAUGUAGAAGAUGAUGUCGAGCUACCAACACUUACACCGUCAACAUUCCUGUUUCAGCGAACUAGUCAGCUGCCAGAAGAGAAAACAGGGAGGAUCAAAGACCUGGACCUACGCAAACGUGCUAAAUACCUCAGGAACUGCAAGAACAAUCUCUGGAGGUGGUGGCAGAGAGAAUAUUUAACAGCUUUAAGGGAGCGGCACAACCUGACACACAAAGCGGCCAAAUUUCAGCCAAAUGUUGGAGAUGUUGUAAUUAUAAAGACCGAAAACAAGAAUCGUGGGAGUUGGCCACUGGCGAUAGUAAACAAAACCUAUCCCGGGAAGGACGGAAUCAUCCGCGCAGUUCAACUCAAGACAGCAAACGGACUGUUAGAGAGGCCUGUUCAACACCUGUACCCUCUUGAGCUAAACUGCGACCAGGCUUGUGAGACACAUGCAGACACUCCCACAGCAGAUUUGAACCCAAACGCACUAGUUUUCAGGCCCAGACGGGAUGCUGCAGUUGCUGCCAGAGCCCGAAUCCAGGACCUUGCUGAAGAUGAACAAUGA